ACAUGUGAAAAUUUGCGGAAUUAGACAUUUCACCAGCACAGGAUUUUGAGAAGUUUGCGUUAGAUCCAAGUGAUAAUCAAAAAACCAACACCAACAAACCAUACGUACGCUACACAAAUGCACCCUCGCCAAUACUAAAUAGCAAUAUCCACCCUCCUUCACGGCGCCACAUUUUAUCAACCAGAUCUCGCCAUUUCCAGAUCCUGAUGGUGGUUGAGACUCGGUUUUGAUUUCUAAAAGGAUCAGAGUGGGGGGCAAAAUUGGAGCGGAUCGGAUGGAGAAGAAUAAGAACCGUACUGAUCUGCUCACUGCCGGACGGAAAAAGCUUCAACAAUUUCGUCAGAAAAAGGAUGGUAAAGGAAGUAGCAGUAAAGGAAAAUCUUCUAAAAAAUCUAAAAAACCUGAGCAGCAUGGAUCUGAUAGUGAUUCAACAAACCUGGUUGCCAAACAAACAGCCUUGCUGCAGGUUUCUGAAGGGGAAACCACAGCUGGUGACUCAACAGUGUCACAGUCUGCUGAGAAGAGUUCAUUGCCUUCUGGGCUCGAUACUGCAGCAUUUGUUUCACCAGUAGAGUCUAUUGUGUCUGAGGAGACAGGUAACAUCGAGACUCUAGCAGCCCAUAAUGAUGGAUUACCUGCUGAGGUGGUCACACUUGUUGAUUUUUCAGUCCCAAAUGGAGAGCAAAGUACUCAGACUGUUGAUAGUAUGACGAGCACAGAAAUACGUUCCUCAAGCACAGAUAUCCCAGUUUUGAAGGGGGAAAUAAAGCAUUAUAAUGUGCUACAUCCUUCUGCUUCAGUUGAUACCAAAGAGGGGACAGUGGUCAACAAGGAAAUGGGGCAAAAUUCACUGCUUUCAGCAGAUGAUUUGCCUGAUAACUACUUGUCUCAAGCAAGGGGAGAUCGGAUAACAGAUGUAGGUGCAAUGCAGGAAACUGAUGGUUUGGGGAUGAACCAGCUUGAUAGAGGUGGUGAAACAAAGUUUGAAUUUGAUGGUAGGCUUACUUUGUCUGAGCAUGGUGAAUGUGAUGAACCUCUUGAAGGGGCUACUCCAGGAAUAACUAGCAUGGAGGGGGCAUCCAAUGAGACAGAGGAGGCCAUUAGCAGAGAUGCUAGCAUUGUAUCUACUGGGGCAUCUAGCAGUUCCUGGGCAGAUGGAAGUUUGGCUGCUAGUUCUCAAUUGACAAAUGAACAGGCCCCAGAUGUAAUACCUUAUUCACCUGUCAAAGAAGAACAAGAAAUGUGUCCUUCAUUUUCUGAUUACGGUGAGGGCAAGAGUUUAGAAGGAAAUCAACAAUACUUACCAGAGGUCUCCUUUGUGUCUGAAGAUCUAGGUCAUGAAAGAUCUCUUCAGAUGACAGGAUUGAUUUCAUCAAAUCUGAUUCUGUCUCUUGCCAGAGGUGGUACUCCAGUCAAACUCUCUCAGCUAGUAGAGGCGAUAAGAAGUCUUGAUGAAGAUGAAUAUAGUCUUUUGCUGAACUCUCACGAAUCGGUUUCCCUUGAAAUAAUUGGGACCGAUAAUCUAUCACCUUCCUACCAUCCAGAUAUAUUCGAGAAAUUAAAAGAGGAGUUGUAUCUCACAAGUUUUUCAAAAGAUAUAUUUUACUUAAAGCUUUCUGAGCUGUCAGAUCUGCAUAUGGAAUCUGAACGGCGUUGUCAUCAGCUUCUUGAUGAAAUAUCUCUUCUUCAUUCUUCCAUCAACAAGGUUCAUGAGACGAAUGCCUGCCUUGGAGAAGAGCUAGCACAAUGUAGGUCUGAACUCCAGAUUUCUGGAAGUGGAAGGGAGGAGUUGCAGAACGAACUUAAUACUGCUUUGUUGCAAAUUGAGGAAUUUUCUUCUAGAGCAAAUGAGUUGCAGAGCAGCCUGGUAAGGUCACAAGAGGAUUUAACAAGCCUUUUUUCUGAAUUGUCUGAGUACAAGAAUCAGGUGGCCACUUUACAGGCAGAUAAUGUGAACUUGAAUAGGACUGUUGAUUCUCUGACUGAUGAGAGAAGCACACUUGCACAGGAAAAGGAAUCUUCUCUCCUUGAGAAUGAAAAACUGUUACUGGAGUUAGCUAGAUACAAGGACUUGGUGAUAACUUCCCAGGUGGAGAGUGAGCAGUUAAACAUGAAUCUUGCUUCGCUGACAGAGGAGAGAAAGGUACUUGUGGAUGAGAAAAUGUUGUCCCUUCAGGAAAAUGAGAAGCUACGGACAGAAUUAGCUGAUUGCAAGAGCUUGAUUUCAACUUUACAGGUGGAACAUGCUAACAUAAUCAAUCUUGCUAUAAUGUCGGAAGAAAGAAUAAAGCUUGAAGAAGAGGAGUUGCUUGCACAAGGGAAAGAGAAAGCUGCUCUUGAUUUGGAAGAGUGUAAAGAUUUGUUGGCUUCUUUACAACUUGAAAAAUCCAAAUUGAAUGGUGAACUUGCUUUUGUUACAGAGGAGAGAAAGAAGCUUGAGGAGGACAAGGAUUAUUUCAUCCAUGAGAAUGAGAGCCUUGCUUCUGAGCUCCUUGUUCUUCAAGAGCAGUUAACUAGACAGAAUGGGGAACAGAUGCAACUUGAGGCUGAACUAAAAGUAUUAACAGUACGCCUAGAGAAGCUAAUGGAGGAAAAUAGUUUUCUCAAUGCCAGUUUGGAUGUGCAUAAGGCCAAGUUAGUGGAAACUGAUAGUAGGGGAAACCAGAAUAUUGAAGGCGGGAGUCAAGUAAAAGGUCUGGGUGUGAGUAGGGAGGUCCUUGAAAAUGCUGCCAACUAUGAACCUUCCUGCCUUAUACCUUUGAAGCAGGAUCCUGACGAAUCUACUGUGGUAUUGGAGAAACCUGGACCUAAUGAUGUUGGUGGGUCAUCACUUGUGCUGCUUGAACAGGAAGUGUUUGAUGAUUCUUCUGGUUUUCUAGUCCUGAAGGGACACUUGAAGGAGGCUGAGAGAAUAUUGCAAAACCUUGAAAUGACAAUUGAACAGAUGCACUCUCAUUCAGUCUCAUUACAGCACUCCAUCAGUAAAUCAGCUGCACCAGGAGUAUCAAAUCUAACUAAAGCCUCUGAACGGCAGGUGCAUCAUGAUGAACCUGAGGUUGAGAGGAGAGAUUUGCCUGAAUAUCAGUUACUGGGAGACCUGUUUAAUUCAACUAAAGACGUAACAGAAAAUUUAAGAGCUGUGCUUAAGCUCUUGGGUCAAGAUGCUGAUGAUGCCAGUUUUCUUUGUAGAGGAGAGAGGGAUUGUAGAAAAUCUGCUAGUUUCACAUUUCAAGAGCACAGGGUUCUACAUGAAACUUUGAAGGAAUACAGCGAUAUUCUCCACGCAUCCAACAUUGAACUGGGGGUUCUGUAUGAAGCUUCUAAGCAACAUGCUUAUGGCAUUGAAGCUAAGUACAAUGAACUUAAGGUUCUCCAUGAAGCUCUAAAGCAGCAAGAAAGUAGCCUCAGUUCGGAAAAUGCUGAGCUUGGCAAGAAGUUGAGUGAGUAUCUGUUGAAACUUACUGAAAUGCAGAGUCAAUUCUCUGAUUUAAAGCAAAGGUCAGAUGAUACUACUUCUGCUUUAAAUCAACAGUUCAAAAAUUCACAGAAGGAAGCAGCUGAGAGGGCUUUGAUGCCUGAACUAGAAUCGAGAUCUAUGGUUACUCAGAUUGUGGAGACAGUCAGGAGACUCGAUUUGUCUGUUGGACAAGUUUCCAACUUCAGCUUCUCAGAUAACAGCAGUGAUAUCUCAGAUCUGAAUAGCCAGCUUGCUACUUCUGUUGAUUCUGCCAUUAACAAUAUCCGAGAGCUACAAGAGCAACUAGAAAUUGCUCAUGCGGGUCAUGAUGCAAUAUUGAAUUCAUACAAAGAAGUAGAUGAGAAGUAUAAUGAUUUGCAUAGGAAUAAUGAAUUCAUGGUAGGGAUGCUACAUGAAUUGUACAAUGAUCUGAAGAAACUUGUGAUUGAUUCAUGCGUUUUGGUGGGUGAGCCUGAAAUGAAUACGCAAGUUGAGAAGCUGGCUGAUCCCUUAGACUACAGCAAGUAUAAGAUCUUCAUUGAACAACUGGAGAAUGUUUUGGGUGAAAGGCUCCAGCUCCAGUCUGUUAAUGACCAGCUGAAUUUAGAAAUGAUGAAUAGGACAAGAGACGUUGUGGAAAUGAGCAGAGAAUGCCUUCAUUCUAAUGCCAUUCAAAAGCUUAUUGAACAGGUUGAGAAUGUUGUAAAACUGGACGACUCUGAGACUGACUCAGAUAGAACUCCUGGUUCCCACCUUGAAUUGUUAGUUUGUUUGCUUGUCAAGAAAUACAAAGACAUUGAUCAACAGGUGAGUAAUCGUGGAGAGGAUCUUGGAUCUAAGAUGAUUGGGUUGACAGAAGUAGAGGAAAAGAUACAUCAGUUAGAUGCCUUGAGACUUCAGCAGGAAUUUGAAAUCCUCACUCUGAAAGAAAGUUUGCGCCAGAAAGAAGAAGCCCUUCAGACUGCACAUUCUGAGUUACUGAAAAAAGUAAGCGAAAUUGAACAGUCAGAACAGCGGGUAUCUUCUGUUAGGGAGAAGCUUAGCAUUGCUGUGGCAAAGGGGAAAGGUUUGGUGGUGCAGCGUGACGGUCUUAAGCAGUCACUUGCAGAGACAUCUGCUGAACUAGAGAGACUCUCACAGGAAUUACAGGUAAAAGAUGCCCAGCUUCAGGAGUUAGAAAUAAAACUGAAGACUUACUCGGAGGCAGGUGAGCGUGUGGAAGCUUUGGAAUCUGAACUUUCAUACAUUCGCAAUUCAGCUACUGCAUUAAGAGAAUCAUUUCUUCUCAAAGACUCUGUACUGCAGAGAAUUGAAGAGAUUUUAGAAGACUUAGACCUGCCUGAGCAUUUCCAUUCUAGAGAUAUCAUUGAAAAGGUUGAUUGGUUAGCAAGGUCCACCACUGAUAAUUCUUUGCCUGCCCCAGAUUGGGAGCAGAAAAGUUCUGUUGUAGGCUCGUACUCUGAUGCGGGUUUUGUCACUGUUGAUACCUGGAAAGAAGAUGCACAACCAACCUUAUCUUCAGGGGAUGACUGGAGAAGAAAAUAUGAGGACCUUGAGAGCAAGUUUUAUGGGUUGGCAGAACAAAAUGAAAUGCUGGAACAGUCCUUGAUGGAAAGAAACCACUUGGUGCAAAGAUGGGAGGAACUUUUGGGCAGAAUUGAUAUGCCUUCACAGAUGCGGUCCAUGGAACCCGAGGAAAAGAUUGAAUGGCUAGGUGGGGCACUUUCAGAGGCUAAUCAUGAUAAAAAUUCUUUGCAGAAGAAGAUUGAUGACCUUCAAAAUUAUUUUGGGUCAGUAGCUGCUGAUUUGGAAGAGUCUGAAAAGAGAAUAUCAAAUCUUGAGUCAGACCUUCAAUCAGUUGCCCUUGAGAGGGAGCACCUUUCUGAAAGAUUGGAUGCUUUGACAUCUGAUAAUCAUAACCUUGCAGCAAAGGCAACUCAAUUUGAAGUUGAGAAUGAAAAACUUCAGAUUAAAGUUAGUGGUUUGAAGGAAGAAUUGGAUAAGAGGAUUGAGGAAGAGGAGGAGAAUCUUCUCAAGAUGGAGGGUGAAAUAAGGAGAUUGCAGUACUUGGUUUGUGAUGUGUUAGAGGAUCCUGAAGCAAAAGAUUUGGGUUCUGGUGGCAGUAGUACUGCAUCCUUAGAAGGAUUACUGAAGAAGCUUAUAGAGAAUUACACUAAUCUCAAGUCUGUGAAUCCUGAACCUGUGGAUAUUGAAAUCAACCAGACCAAGCUAUGUGAUCCAACCCUUGAUCAAGCUGAAAGCAGAGAUGCUCUAACUGGCCAGGAGGAUGUAGCUUCUUUGAAAAAAGAACUGGAGGAAGUGCAGCAUGACUUGAUGCAAGUGAAGGAGGAAAGAGAUGAAUACUUCGGAAAGCAUCAAUCUUUGCUUCAUGAAGUUCAAGCACUUGAAAGGAAAGGGGAGGAGUUGCAAGGGCUACUUAAUCAAGAAGAGCAGAAGUCAGCUUCUGUGAGAGAAAAGUUAAAUGUUGCUGUUAGAAAAGGGAAAUCUUUGGUGCAACAACGGGACGGUCUGAAGAAAACAAUUGAAGAGAUGAAUGCUGAGCUGGGGCGCUUGAAAUCUGAGCUUAGCAACCAGGAAAAUGCUCUGGCUGAUUAUGAACUAAAGAUGAGGGACUUCUCCACUUACCCCAAAAGAGUAGAAGCCUUAGAAGCUGACAAUUUGUUCUUGAGGAAUCAUUUGACAGAAACCGAACGCAUGUUGGAGGAGAAAAGACAUACUUUAAAUGGGAUAUUAAAUGCAAUAGCUGACAUUGAUGCUGGUGUUGAAAUUGACACCUUUGAUCCAGUGGAGAAGUUGGGACAAAUUGGGAAAGUGUGCCAUGAUUUGCAUGCAUCUGUGUCAUCUUCUAAACAAGAGUCGCAGAAGUCCAAGAGAGCUGCAGAGCUACUGCUUGCAGAGUUGAAUGAAGUUCAAGAGAGAAAUGAUGGUCUUCAGGAAGAUCUAGCCAAAAUUUCGGUUGAGCUUACAGAAGUCAUGAAGGAUAGGGAGGUUGCAGAGGCUGCAAAACUUGAAGUUCUUUCACGGCUUGAAGAGUUAUCUACAGUUCACUCUGAAGGAAAAAGAAAACAGUAUUCUGAAUUAAUGAUGCUACAAUCCUGUGUGAAUGAAGUCACAAAGGGCUUCAAUGAUAUUCAAAAUCUACUUUGCAGUACUUUUAUGAAGGACUUGGAAUUUUUGCAAAAUUUGGAGGUUAACAUUAAGUCGUGCUUGGAAGGGGAUGAUGCCCAAGAUGUGGCUGGCUUGCCAUACAGUAUCUCCAGUGAUUUAGAGGACAAGGUGAACUUUCAAUCCACAGAUACUUCAUCAAUUGCCAAUAUACAGGAACCUGUGGAUGACAAUGCUAUAGUUGAAGUUUGCAGUUCAAUCUGGCAUCACCUGCAGGAUUUGACAACUGAAAUUACUGCACUCAAAGAAAAGUUCAUUGGGUGCUCAAAAUCAUUACAUGAACAAGGUUACAGUCUAUGGAAUUUAGUGGGAAUCUUGCAUGGAGAGAGAAAUUCUCAGAAAGAAUCUUUUGAAGCUAUGAGGAGGAAUAUUAUGCAUUUAGAAUCAAUUGGGAAAGAGAAAGACAUGGAGAUGGUUGUCUUGAGAAGGAAUGUUGGCUUGCUUUAUGAAGCUUGUGCUAAUUUGGUCUUGGAAAUUGAAAAUGGAAAAGCCGAGCUGUUAGGAAAUAGUUCAACUACUGCAGAUCUGGAAUUAGCUGGAGCACUUGCACUUGGCGGACAAAACAGAGUUUUGUCUGAGGAACAAAUCAAGACUAUGGCUGAUAAACUUUUAUCAACAAUGAAAGAUUUUUUGAGCAUGCAAUAUCAAAUUGCUGAAGGAAGCCAAAGGGAGAUGAAAAUUACUGUAGAAAAUUUACGGAAAGAGCUUCAGGAGAAGGACAUCCAAAAAGAUCAGAUAUGCGCGGAGCUUGUUGGUCAAACUAAGUUAGCUGAAGCUGCUGCCAUGAAUUACUCACGAGAUCUUCAAUUGUCAAGAACACUGGUGCAUGAUUUGGAAAAAGAACUGGAAGUGGUGAAGGAAGAAAAUAAGUCAUUGCAGCAGAGAGUAAAAGAACUGCAGGAUGUGCAAGCCAACUCAGUGGAAUUGCAUGAUAGAGUCAAAUCACUGACAGAUGUGUUAUCAUCCAAAGACCAAGAAAUCGAGGCCCUUAUGCAAGCACUUGAUGAGGAGGAGGUCCAAAUGGAAGAGUUGACAAAAAAGAACGAGGAACUAGAAAAAGUCCUGCAACAGAAGAACAUAGAUUUAGAGAACCUUGAGGCUUCUCAAGGGAAGGUUGUGAAAAAGCUUUCCAUCACUGUGAGCAAGUUUGAUGAGCUUCGUGAUCUAUCGCAAAGUCUUCUUACCAAGAUUGAACAGCUUCAAUCAGAACUACAAGAUCGGGAUGCUGAGAUUUCCUUCUUAAGACAAGAGGUCACCAGAUGCACCGAUGAUCUUCUUGCUGCAUCACAAAUGAGCUCUAAAAGAGAAUCAAAUGAGAUACAUGAGUUUUUGACUUGGUUUGAGGGAAUUGUUUCUUGUGUUGGGUUACCCCAUCUGCAUUUUGAUAUGAAGGACAUUCAGGUGCCUGAAUACAAGGAAAUAAUACAGAAAAAGCUUAGCUCUAUUACAUCUGAACUUGAGGACCUACGUGUGGCUGCACAAAGUAGGGAUGAAUUGUUGCAAGCAGAACGGACUAAAGUGGAGGAGCUAACACGCAUGGAGGAAACCCUCAAGAAGACUUUGCAAGAGAAAGAAUCCCUAUUAAAUUUGCUUGAAGGUGCAGGAGAUGUGGAUCAUGCAGCUAGUGCAAACUCUGAAAUUGUGCAAGUUGAACCUGUGAUAAACAAGUGGGCUGUACCAGGGACCUCCACGGCUUCCCAAGUUCGUAGUUUGCGUAAAGUCAAUAAUGAUCAAGUUGCUAUUCAUAUAGAUUCAGAUGAUGUUAGUAAUACUAGGUUAGAAGAUGAAGAUGAAGAUAAAGUUCAUGGUUUCAAAUCACUUACCACAUCAAGAAUUGUUCCAAGGUUUACAAGACCAGUAUCUGACAUGAUAGAUGGCUUAUGGGUUUCUUGUGAUCGGGCACUCAUGCGACAACCUGCCUUACGGCUUGCCAUUAUGAUCUAUUGGGCUAUAUUGCAUUCACUGUUAGCAGCUUUUGUAUUUUGACGAGCCAAACCCGGUAGCGGCCAUUUUCUCUGAUGGUUAUCUACUAGUUUGUGUCGAAAGGAGUGGCAACCAUGAAUGCGUACUUGGUCCAUAAUCAUUUUAUUAUUAUCAUUAUUCUUUUAUUUUUCCUUUGUAAAACAUGGUCCAUUAAUUGAUUAUUUAGAUAAACCAGGCAACUUUGAUUUGCCCUUUUUAUUUGUAUGCAUCUCAGGUUGCUCGGUUAUGUCGUUGAAUAAGAAAAAUCCUUUUGUUACCCAUUAA